CUUCUUCCCUUCCAGCCGGAGUACCUGGCGCUGGAGCAACUCUGCCAGGAGUUUGCCUUUGAGCUCUUGGGCAUGUGCCGCAAUCAGAGCGAAGUGACUGCUGUCCUGAACGACUUGGGAGACGAUGCUGCGGACGAGGAUGAGAACGAGAACGUGGUGGAUGACCAGGCCUUCGAGGAGGGGAUCCCCAACUUGGCAAGGCUCCGGCUGGCCGUCAACUACAACCAGAAACGGUUUGUCGCCCACCCCAUCUGCCAGCAGGUCCUCUCCUCCAUCUGGUGCGGGUCUCUGAACAGCUGGAGGGGCAGCAACAGCCUCUGGAAGAUCUUCAUCUCCUGCUCCAUCUUCGUGGCCAUGCCCUUCCUCUGCCUUGUCUACUGGUUUGCCCCCAAGUCCAAGGUGGGCAAAAUGCUGAAAAUCCCAGUGAUCAAGUUCCUUCUGCACUCGGCGUCCUACGUCUGGUUCCUGGUCUUCCUUCUGGUGGAGUCCCUGGUCCUGGAGCAUCACCACGAAUCCUUCUCGGGGCGCAACCAGAGCAUGUGGGAGACCUCUCUCCACAUGAUUUGGGUGGCAGGUUUCUUCUGGUUCGAGUGCAAGGAGGUCUGGAUUGAGGGCUUGCGCAGCUACCUGCUGGACUGGUGGAACUUCCUGGACAUCGUCAUCCUCAGCAUGUACUUGGCAUCCUUUGUGCUCCGGGUUUUAGUCUUCCUCAAAGGCCAGGUCUCCUGCUUGGACGACGGCAUUUCCUCCCAUGAAUGCUACUAUUACACCGAAGCUGGGCGCCAGGAGUGGCACACGGAGGACCCCCAGUUCAUGGCCGAGGUGCUCUUUGCGGUCACCAGCAUGCUGAGCUUCACCCGCCUGGCCUACAUCUUGCCGGCUCAUGAGACCCUCGGGACACUGCAGAUCUCCAUCGGGAAGAUGAUAGACGACAUGAUCCGGUUCAUGUUCAUCAUGAUGAUCAUCUUGACAGCAUUCUUGUGCGGGAUGAACAACAUCUAUGUCCACUACCAGGAGUCCGAGCGGCUUGGGAGCUUCAACGAGACGUUCCAGUUCCUCUUCUGGACGAUGUUGGGGAUGGAGGAGCAUGAUGUGGUGGACAUGCCCCAGUUCUACGUGGCUGAGUUGGUGGGGAGGGUCCUCUACGGCGUCUUCACCAUCGUCAUGGUGGUGGUCCUCCUCAACAUGCUCAUCGCCAUGAUCACCAACUCCUUCCAGAAAAUCGAGAACGAUGCCGACGUGGAAUGGAAGUUUGCUCGCUCAAAGCUCUACCUGUCUUUCUUCAGGGAAGGCCUGACGCUGCCUGUCCCCUUCAACAUCAUCCCGACUCCAAAGUCCGUCUUCUACGUCAUCAGGGGCGUCCUUCGCUUCCUGUGUUGCUACAAGCCCAAGCGGCCGCAGAAAUACCCCCCGAUUCCUACCAUCUCGAAUCCGUGCGUGGAAGAGGGUGGCCUGCGGGCAGAGAGCCGCCUCUCCUACCGGCGCCAGGUGCUGAAGGCCUUGGUCCAGCGCUACAUCGACACGGCCAGGAGGGAGUUCGAGGAGAGCCGGAGGAAAGAUCUGGGGAACCGCUUGACAGAGCUGAACAAGUCGGUCCUUCGCCUUUACUCUGAGAUGAAGCACCUUCGCCACUCUGUGGCCGCCAACCACACGGCCGCCAACCCUCUGGAUGGGGCCAGCGUCCUGCGCAAGUACAUCAUGAAGGUGCGCAACAGCUUCCAGAGCUACGACCACGAUUCGGGCAGCUCCGGCCAGGCGUCCCCCGUGGAAGUGGUUGUGCACCAGGAGGAUGGGACCAUCCCUGAAGAGGAAGCAGUGCCACCGGUCAGUCAGGAAAGCACCAAAGAAGAGAUCGAGGUGGAGGCGGUGGUAGAGGAGGAACCGCUGCACGCAGAGACACUGACCGUCAGCAAUGAGAAGCCAACGGAGGAGCCAGAGACCUGACUCCAGAGAAUCCAGAGACACAGCUGUGUUCAGGAACCGGUCUGAAAACGGAUCUCGUGGCACUUUUGAGAGUAAGAGAAAGGAAAGAAAGAAAUCGGUAGCCUACGCUUUCGCAGAGUUAAGUCUCCUUCCUCAGGCGCACUGGCCUCUCUUUCUAGGGAUGUCAUAUAUUUCCACUGCCUUGAGUCCCGAUAUUGGGAGAAAGGUGGGAUAUAAGAAAAGUGUGUGUAUGUAUGUGUGUGUGUAUAUCAGUCUCAGGAAAAGACCAAUAAUGUUACCAUCUUCCUUCGUGCUGCAAAAAGUCCUUAAACUGCAAAAUGUUUGGACAUUUUUCACAGUUCGGGAUUGUUUCUGUGGGUUUUUGUGCAGAAAACAUGGUUUUCAGUGAAGGGGCAGCGCUUUCUGUAUAGAAAACUGGAAACCAUCUGGCUGCACGGAAAACGGUGCUCUCUGCAGACAGAGCAAAGUCCUUUUUGUUUUCCAGACAAUAUGGAAGUCCCCCCCUUCGUCUCGGCAGGAUCGUCUUGGCCAAGGUCUCCUGAGUGUCUUGAUGGUUGAAAUGUUUUCCAAUGGUCUAUUGCUUCCUUACAUACAUAACUCGGUCAUCCAAUAAAUGCAUACUAUCAUUAACUUAAUAAAUA